UAUGACUCACCAGGACAGGAAGUGACAGUUCAGAUUUCAGCACUAGAAGAACGGUUCUACUUCCUCCCAGAGUACAAACUGUGACAGAAUAAAGACACGUAUUUACUCUGUUGUUUAUUAGUUUGACUGUUACGUCCAUCAGGACACAUUGACUCAUUUGUUAUUUGACCUUUGUUCGUCCAUCUUCUGUCAGUGGUAUCUGCCCCCACAGUCUGGAAGGGUUAGAUUUAAAAAAGGAUCCAAGUGGGUGAAAGACUGACAUCAGCCGUUUACAGAGUGCUACAGUAAACCACUCUGAGGAUGUUCUGAAAUGAGCUGAAGAACACGUCUAUCACACCUGGUUCUGCUGUCCGUCCUCAGAAGAUCCUUUAUCAAACAAUGAUUUGGUUCAACAUGAAGACAUGUCCUCUGCUGUGGGGGGUGUCUAUUCUGUUGUCUGUGGGGGCAAUGGGUAGUCCCAUCACCAACACCACUGGCAUGAGCUCAACAGUGAAAGCAGACCAGAUGGCCACAGCACUGACCACAGCACCGACCACAGUACCGGCCACAGCACCAGCCACAGCACUGACCACAGCACUGACCACAGCACCGCCCAUAGCACUGACCACAGAGUCGGCCACUGCACAUGUACACCAUCAUGAGCCUGAGAAGACCUCUGGUCCAACACACAAACCUGCAGAAGUUACUGCAACACCACACAUGACCACUGAGGUCAUCACAAACACUCAAGUACAACUGCUCCAUACUUCGACAGUCCCAGAGUCUAAGGCCACGGCCUCAGACCAACCUACCCCCAGUGGGACCAGGACUGGAACGGUGCAGUCCACAGAGGUUCAGCCACAUCCGCAAUCACCCACCACUUCUACUGCAGUAACUCCUCCUGAAACAGCUUCUACAACACUGCCGACAACAGCAGCACUGGGAACAAUAUCCCCAACAACAGGAACAAUAUCACCAACAAUAACAACAGCAUCACCGACAUCAGCAUCUUCAUCUCUGGGCAGAUCCACCAUGGGAACCACUACAUCUGAGUUGUUCUCCACAGCAACUCCUGGUAGUUCCCCAGAGGUUCCCAGUCUCACCCAUAAACCCAGCAGUCCUUCAGUUUCAGAGAACUCCUCAGUGAUGGUCAGCGCUACCACCGGAUCUUCACCUGUGUUGAACCACACCUCUUCUUUUCCUGAAAGCAGAACUGAGAUGCCCACCACCACCACCACCACCAGCGGCACUCCUCCUCCUCCCUCGACACACAAGCCUAUUUCUGCAACCACACCCUACAUGUCCACAUCAGCAUUUCCUGACACCACAAAGCUCCAACCUCCAGCUGAGUCUUCUUCAACAAAGGUUUCCACCUCCACAACAAUGGCAUCCAACCAUUCAGGAGGAAUUCUCAUUCCUGUCAGUCCCAGAAAGUUGCCAGUUCCGACCAGUAAAUCCGUUACUCCUGUGACUAAAAUCACAGAGAGCCCGCCCACAACUCAGGUCCAGUCCUGCUCAGUGCGACACAUCAUAAAACAGUGCCUCAUUGCCGUUGCUGUGCUGGCUGCGUUGGCCACCAUCUUCAUGGUCUCUACCAUUAUCCUCUGCACAAAACUAUCAGCAAGGAAGUAUCGGGUCAAAAAACCUCAGCAGGCCACAGAGAUGAUGUGCAUUUCUGCGCUGCUGCCUGAAAGGAAUCACAACUACACAAGGCAACGCAAUCCAGUCACUAACGGGGUCUUAGUGAUACCAAGUGGAGCAGACAGUGAUGACGAUGGAGGAGAUAACCUCACUCUCAGUAGCUUCCUCCCAGACAAUGACCGUUUCGUUUAAACCCCACUGGAAUGUUGUUGCACACGUUCUUUGAGCAGAUCCUCAGAAGGGCCAACGUGUCUGAUGUCAGUAAUAUGGAAACUGUCACCACUGGACUCAUGCUUCCUCUUUGAUGCUGUGGUUAGCUUAACUGCACGCCCUAUCACAGUGGAGGAAGAUGCCCAGACCACAAACACCAAAAGACCACGGCUGUUCUACUGUAGCAUCUACACAUGCAUGUAGUUUGGGCAAAUCUGACAACAAAUGUGCAAAUGAAAACGCUUUUGGAAUAAAUGGAAUAAUCCUGACUUUACACUGAGGACUUUACAGAUCAGAAGACUAUCUGGGUUUAAGGACAGUUUAAAUCAAACCCAUAUUUGUCCAGUUUGGACCCAGUCCAGUUUGUCCUUGUAGGUGUUUCCAUUGAACAGUGUUUUGUUCUGCUGUGUGAUUCUAGUCCAGUCCCAUCUGUGUUCAUUGUGGUCCAAUCCUGUCUAGUUGUGUUCUGGUUCUGGUUGAAGGCAGAUGUUUGACUCAGUUGGAUCCAAACCUCCACGGUGUUGCCACUGUAGUGUGGGUUCAUCUACUGCUAUUGCACUGACUGUCUUCAACUACAGAAGAAGGGAACGCAGAAUUGGCCAGAGGAAAAGUCCGCAUUUAUGGACACGCACUAUGGAUUUAUGGGACACAAUUGGACAGCAGGAAAUCACCAACCAGUUGUAGAUCCAGAAUUUCCCAGUGACCCAGGUACCGUUUACUGAACUGUGUGAUGUUCUUGACCCUCUGGUGUCCCCAGACUGGUCCUGCCCUGGGGAAGCAGUUCCUCCACUAAAGCCAGUGUCUAUUGGCCUGAACGAACUAGAACCACCUGUUCUGAGU